GACCAUGGUGUGUGUGUUGGUGUGUCUCCUGUUCCUCCUGACUGAGGUAUCUGCCUCUCAGUCGUCUUCAGGGACGGAGCGGGCGUCUCCCUGCCCGCCUCGCUGGCUCCUGUUGGGGGAGCGAUGCUUCGCUCUCUACCCCGUCUGGAGCUCCUGGAGCUCCGCUGAGUCUCUGUGCUCUCAGUCUGGAGGUCACCUGGCUUCACUUCACACACCUGAAGACAGGAAGUUUGUCCAUCAGCUCGCAAACACAAACACUUCUGUGUGGCUGGGUGGAUACCACACACACAAGAACAGCUCGUGGUUUUGGAGUGACGACCCUCCUUUGAGGAUCGAUGGCUGGACCAAUCAGAAGCAGGGAGAGACCGGAGGGGGCGGAGCUUGCAUGUCAAUCACACCAAAAAGUGGCGAGCUGCACGGCGCCCCCUGUGGAGAGCUCCGGUUCUACAUCUGCUCCACUAGAGCCAGCUCCUCCCUCAGCAACAAACCGGUCGAGUCAGGUCUGGUCUCUGGUGUGAGUCUGUUUGAUGUGGUGUGGAGUUUCAGCGACUCGUUGGCGGAGGAGAUUCUUCGCUCCUCCUCCUUCGUCGCUCGUCUUCGCUCCGGGCGGCUGACGCGGCGCUGCUACGAGCGCUUCGUCCAGCAGGAGGCGCUCUACCUGCAGCGCGUCAGCAGCACGCUGGAGGUCCUCAUGACUCGACCAGAGGGAGACCAGGACGUGAGGUCACUGCUGCAGGACACACACACACACUACAGCAGCAGGAACCAGAGCCUCCUGUCUUCACCUCCUCCUGAGUGGCUCCUCUCCUCCCUCCAGUCCCUCCACUCUGUGGUGCAGGAGGACCCGGUCUACCUGUUGGUGGCGCUGUCGGCCCGCUCCUGCCUCCGUCACUUCCUGUCCCGGGAGCUGCCGGCGCCGGGGGUCCAGGUUACCGCCGGCAACCCAGAGCAGGAGUGGAGAGGAGGUGCUCUGAUGGAGGUCACCUGGACCCACAGGUACAGGAAGGUGUUGGAGGCUCAUCAGGACCACGUGGACGUGUUCAGAGCCGUAAACGUCUUCAGAGAGCACAUGAUGAACCAGAAGAGCUUCUACAGAGCUCUAAACUGUGAUGACGAGGAGGAGGAGGAGGACAGGUGAUGAAGAUGCUGAUGAAGUAUUUUCCAGAAAGAAAAAGUCGACUGAAACGGAUCUCCAGCAGGAAUUAAUUUAAAGCACUUUGUGUUGUGAUGUUUACAUUGUUUACUGCAGCUACAACUCAGAAAAUGAUGCACUGUCCCUUUAACUUCACCAGGUUUAUACAAGAAACUUUCUCAAAAUAAUAAUUUAGUAUCUUUAAAUAGUGACAUUGACAAUGACAUUAUUUUGAGAUGUAUUCUCAUCAUAUAUGCAGCAUGAAUAUUACUUUUAUUUUAUUUUAUACUUUCCAAUAACUGGCGCUUUAUAUUCUGUGUUAUUGUUGUUUUGACGAUAAUCUGCCAUUAUAAAAACUGUAUAAAUAAAUCUGCCCUCUUC